AUGCCGUUCGCUAAACCCACAGUCGAGGACAACGAUGAUAGCAGAGUGUUGGGAUAUGAUCCGUUGCUAUCGCCUCAGUUCCUUCAGACAGAGGUGCCAGUGCCUGCCACUGCGGUAGAGACCGUCCGAGUGAGUCGUAAGGAGGUCAUUGAGGUCAUUGAACAGCGUGAUGACCGCCUUCUUGUCGUUUGUGGCCCAUGCUCUAUUCAUGACCCCGCGACAGCGCUCGAGUACGCUGAACGCCUAAAAGCCCUGUCCGACAAGCUGAAGGGAGAUUUGUGUAUUAUCAUGCGAGCAUACUUGGAGAAGCCCCGCACAACUGUUGGGUGGAAAGGAUUGAUCAACGAUCCCGAUAUUGAUGAGUCAUACAAUAUCAACAAGGGUCUUCGCAUCUCCCGAAAGAUGUAUGCUGAUUUGAACGGUAUGGGCAUGCCAAUUGCAAGUGAGAUGCUGGAUACAAUCUCGCCUCAGUACCUUGCCGAUUUGAUCUCUCUGGGUGCCAUUGGUGCUCGUACCACUGAAUCCCAACUUCACCGUGAACUGGCAUCUGGUCUCAGUUUCCCUAUCGGUUACAAGAACGGCACAGACGGAAGUAUUGGCGUCGCAAUCGAUGCUAUCGGCGCUGCAGAGAAGCCCCACCGCUUCCUUGGAGUCACCAAGCAAGGUCUGGCAGCUAUCACCAAGACCACGGGCAACGAGCACGGGUUCGUCAUCCUCCGCGGUGGCACCAAAGGCACUAAUUAUGACGCCGAAAGCAUUGCCGCUGUCCGCGAACAGCUAGCGAAGAAGAAGCAGCGGGAGAUACUCAUGGUUGAUUGCUCACACGGUAACUCCAAGAAAGACCAUCGAAACCAACCUCUGGUAGCUCAGUGUGUCGGUGACCAGUUACGUAAGGGCGAGGAGGGUAUCAUUGGAGUCAUGAUCGAGUCCAAUAUUGCUGAGGGCAACCAGAAGGUUCCUCCGGAAGGUCCCUCGGGCCUUAAGAAAGGUGUCAGUAUCACCGAUGCCUGUAUCAACUGGGAGACCACAGUAGAUGUCCUCGAACAGCUCGCCGACGCCGUGCGCACAAGGAGGGAAGUCCGUGCAAAGAAGGCAUAG